CGAUCUCAGACUCCUCUCUCUCCUCUCAAAAGCCACCGCAAAGCCGUGCUUGGUUAUCGCAUCUACCGAUCCACCACUAGCCUUGCCGUGCGUGCGCGCGCGCGCCCAAGGGAAUGCGGAGCGAUGAGGCGGCGCUCAGGAACUGACGUCGCCGGCCAGCGCGAGCUGCGCAGCGGCCGCACCUGCCACCGGAAGCACGUCGAGGACGGGUAGAUCGAUCGACCCUUCCUCCUCUUAGUCGUAGGAUAAUUUGCUAGAUAGCUCGGUCGAUUUUUUUUUUUUUGGUUGGGGUUGAAAGGAGGAGGCGAUCGAUCGAGCAUGGGGGAGGGCGAGGGGAACGAGAAGGGGGUGCUGCAGGGGAGGUACGAGCUAGGGCGGGUGCUGGGGCACGGUAACUUCGGGCGGGUGCACGCGGCGCGGGACCUGAGGACGGGGCGGAGCGUGGCGGUGAAGGUGCUGGCCAAGGGCAAAGUGAUGCGUUCCGGGAUGAUGGAGCAGAUCAAGCGGGAAAUCGCCGUCAUGAAACGGGUGUCCCACCCCAACAUCGUCGAGCUCCACGAGGUGAUGGCCACGCGAUCCAAGAUCUACCUCGCGCUCGAGCUCGUCCGCGGCGGGGAGCUCUUCGCGCACAUCGUGCGGACCGGGCGCGUCCGGGAGGACGUCGCGCACCGGUACUUUCGGCAGCUCAUCUCCGCCGUGGAUUUCUGCCACGCGCGGGGCGUGUACCACCGUGACCUCAAGCCGGAGAACCUGCUCAUCGACGAGGCCGGGAACCUCAAGGUGGUCGACUUCGGCCUCAGCGCACUCGCCGACCACGCGCGCAGCGACGGGCUCCUCCACACCCUCUGCGGCACGCCGGGCUACGCCGCGCCGGAGGUGUUCCGGAACAAGGGCUACGACGGCGCCAAGGCCGACAUCUGGUCAUGCGGCGUCAUCCUCUACGUGCUCCUCGCCGGGUCACUCCCCUUCCCGGACGACAACAUCGCUAAAAUGUUCAGUAAGAUGAACCGCGGAGACUACCGGUGCCCGCCGUGGCUCUCAACGGAGGCGCGCAGGCUCAUCCCCAGGCUCCUCGACCCCAACCCCGACACCCGCAUCACCGUCUCCCAGCUCGUCGAGACGCCGUGGUUCAACAAGUCGUCCAUCGCGAGGCCCAUCAAAGCCGCCGAGCCGCCGGUGGAGCCUGUCGUCGCCGCGAAGGACGGCGGCGACAAGGACGAGCCGGAGACGCUGAACGCGUUCCACCUGAUAUCCCAAUCCGCGGGGUUCGACCUCUCGCCGCUGUUCGAGGGGGACUCGGCGAGGGGGCCGCGGGAGGGCGGCAUGCGGUUCGCGACGCGGGAGCCGGCGAGCAGCGUGGUGUCCCGCCUCGAGGAGCUUGCGGCCCGCGGCGGCGGGCGGAUGCGGGUGACCAAGAGCGGCGCCCGCGGCGUGCGGCUCGAGGGCGCCGAGCGCAGCGGGCCCAAGGGGCGGCUCGCGGUGGCCGCCGAGAUCUUCAGCGUGGCGCCGUCCGUGCUCGUGGUCGACGUCAAGAAGGACGGCGGCGACACCCUCGAGUACCGCUCCUUCUGCAGCGAGGAGCUCCGGCCGGCGCUCAAGGAUAUCGUCUGGGCCGCCGACCCCAAGCCCGCCGCCGCCGUCGUCUGACGCCGUGCCGCGACCACUGCCAGUGCUUGCCAUUGUUUCCAGCGGCAUGGAUCGUAGUCGUAGUGCAUUGUUUAGUCAGUGUCCAUUCCAUUUUCCAACAAGUGACUGCGUCGUGUCUCCGCAGUAGGACCUGUUUGUUUCUGUUGUGAUUUAAAAAGCAGCUUUUGAAUUUUAGACUGUAGAAAGCUGAGAAUUUAAAAGCUAAGAGUUGUUUGGUAAUUUGAAUUUUAAGUAGGUUGGAUUGUUGUUUGUGUAUAUUAAAAGUUUGUAACACCCUCAAUUGUUUUGUUA